CACACGGUGUAUAAGGGGCCGGAGGGCGAGACGACCCAAUGGGAGGACAUCCAGCGACGACUAGGCAACCUGCCCCCCAAGGCGCCCGUGUGGAAACCCGACGCCUACACGCCCGAGGUGCAGGCGGUGCGUGACGCCGCCUGGGUGGAGGGGCGCGACGAGGGGGAGCUACGGGAGGCGGAGGAGGCGUUCGAGGACGACCGCUUCCUGGAGGAAUACAGGCAGCGGCGCAUCCGCGAGCUGGCUGCCGCCGCCUCGCGCCCCCGCUUCGGCUCCGUGGAGCUGAUCCGGGGCAGUGAGUUCGUGCAGCAGGUGACCAACGCGGGGCCGGAGGUGUGGGUGGUGGUGCACCUCUUCAAGGACGGCCACGCCGGCUGCGGGCUGCUGCAGCAGUGCCUUGACGAGCUGGCCGCCAAGUACCCCUCCACCAAGUUUGUCCGCAUCGUGUCCACCGACGCCAUCCCCAACUACCCGGAUGCCAACCUGCCCACGCUGCUGGUUUACCAUGACACCCGCUGCGUGCAACACGCGGUGGGGCUGGCGCACUACGGGGGGGCAAAGCGCAUCACUCCGGAGCAGGUUGCCAUGGUGCUCAACACGUGGGGGCCGCUGUGCCUCACCGCAGAUGAGGACGAGGAGAGAGCGGCACAGGCGCAGAUCAAGGCGCUCGUAGCGCGUAUGGUGGA